UGUUGUAGUUUAUCAGAUUAGGCAAAGACAACUCUUACAUUUCGUUUCGAAACUACAAACACGCAUGCGUCUGCUGGCCACAAACGUCUGCUUCCUGUACCAAUACACGAAAUAUUUGACAGUAUAUAUUCGCACAUAAAGGACAGUGAAAAAUAAUGUCUGGCUUUAGUCAAGAUGAUGGCUUUUUCCAGUCUGGCUACUACGACAAUCAGAACCAAGGGCAACAACAGUAUGCAGGAUAUGACUAUAGCAGUGCUGGUCAACAGCAGUUUGGGCAUGACCAACAGUUUGGCCAGUUUGAAUACAAUCAGGGGAGUUAUGUGCAAGAGCCAAGCUACUCAGCUGCACAGCAGGUAUACGGUGGCUCCAUCAUGACCCCUGCUACCCCCUUCACAGGCCAGCAAGACAGUCAUGCAGGGGACAGUUAUGACGAUGAGCCACCUUUAAUGGAAGAAUUGGGAAUCAACUUUGACCACAUCAUGCAGAAGACGAUGACGGUGCUGAACCCUCUCAAGGCUGCUGACCACUCUAUCAUGCAGGACACGGACCUUGCCGGACCCCUGGUCUUCUGCCUAGCCUUCGGUGGCUCGCUGCUUCUGAGUGGAAAGGUGCACUUCGGGUACAUCUACGGUAUCGGAGUGGUGGGAUGCUUGGCCAUGUACUGCCUGCUGAACCUGAUGAGCAUGACGGGUGUGUCAGUUGGGGUCAUCAUCUCGGUGCUGGGCUACUGCCUCCUGCCCAUGGUGUUGCUCUCCGCCUCCUCUAUUGUCUUCUCGCUACAGGGCAUGCUGGGUAUAGUGCUAACUUGUGUGGCGGUGGCCUGGUGCAGUGUUUCGGCCUCUAAGCUGUUCGUGUCUGCCUUGGCCAUGGACAGCCAGCAGCCCCUCGUCGCUUACCCCUGCGCCCUCGUCUACGGCGUCUUCGCCCUCAUCACCGUCUUCUAGAUGUUCAUUGCAUUGUGCCCAUCUCUAGACGAUCUCCUGCUUGCCUUUGAACUCCUGCUUGCCUUUGAACAUUAGGCCUGCGGCCGGCUACACAGUAGUUCGCUAGCUGCCAGGCUCAUGGCCAGAGCUUAGCAGUCAGCUGACGCUUCUAAAUCAGUGCUAGUCUCAAGUAACCAUCUACUGCCCUAGCGAUGAUGUACAGUACAGCAGUUUCUCUUCAGAAGCUUUAAAGGGACCAUUAUCACCGGGACAAAUUUCCUUCUGUGGUCGCCGUAAAAAGAAAGACUCCAAUUCUUUUGCCUCAUUUAGCCUUUUGUGUAUUCCCAUUCAUUAAAGCGGGAAAAAGUGUGUGUUCGCCAAAAUGUUUCUUGUCGCUGUGAGAGAAUGCUCAUUUUGUGGAGCCUGCUAUCAGUAGACCUCUCCACUCAUCACUGUUUAUCUCUCUCAACAAAAAUACAGACCGCUAAUUGGUUGCCUUGACACUCUCGGGACCCAUGCGUCUGGAUGGAAGUAGGCAAAGCGUCGUCAAUCAUCUGCACUACGACAUCAGGGUAGCAGCUUUCCACCCUCGUAUUACCCUCUGAGUGAAGUAUAAACACAACAACCGUCAACGUCGGUAGCAGACCGCGCGUUCUCGUCCUGAGAACUGACCAAUAGGCGGUGAGCAUUAUUCUCGCUUUGAUCUGCUUGUUAUCAGUUGAGGAGUGGCGCACAGCAUGUAGAAAGAGCUCUUGAAAUAAAAAUGGAUUUCGCCAGCUUA